AUGGCAACCUGGCUAUGGCAAAAUGACACCAUCGCUGAGGAAAACUUCGUAUCCGACACGGCGUCUAUCUCGGCCGAGGGGACUGACGUCGAGUGGCUGGACGAGGAGGAAAAGCGGGCGCGCCGAAAGGUCGAUUCCACCGUCCUCCCGCUCCUAUUCCUCGGCCUUCUCGUCUUCCAGCUCGACCGCAUGAAUCUCGCCAGCGCCCUGACGGACGGGUUCGCCAAGAACAUCGGCAUCGACCAAACGACCGUCAACCUGGGCAACCAGCUCAUGUUCAUGGGCAUCGUCGUGUUCGAGAUCCCGUGCAACAUGGCGCUUCAAAGGUGGGUGUACACACGUCUACAACGCGCUAAGCACACGCCGCCUUUGCGCAUUGGUCCCCGCAAAUGGAUACCCCUGCAAGUCUUCCUCUUCGGCCUAGUCGCCACGCUGCAGGUCCUCGUGCGCAACCGCACCGGCUUCCUCGUGGCGCGCCUCAUGCUGGGGUUCGCCGAAGCCGGCUACAUCCCCGGCGCCGCGUAUACGCUGUCGACGUGGUACAAGAAGCGCGAGCUCGCCAAGCGCAUCGCCGUCUUCUUCUUCGGCAUGUUUGCCGGCAACGCGCUGAGCCCCAUCCUGGCGUCGGGUAUCUUGCAGCUGGGGGAAGAGGGGCUCAAGGGCUGGCAGUGGCUUUUCCUGAUCGAGGGCGUGUUCACCAUCAUCGUCAGCAUCUCGCUUCUUUUCCUGCUCCCAGGCUCGCCCGACACGCCCAAGCCCCUUUUCAGCCGGGGCGGCAUCCGGUUCACCGAGGACGACCAGCGGAUCUUGCAGCAGCGCCUCGAGCGCGAUGACAAGGAGAAGCGCUACGGCGCGCAGGGCAUGAACAUACCGCUCAGCGUCGUGUGGAAGACGGUGACGCACUACCGCCGCUGGCCUCACUUCGUGUCCACGUUUGCCGUGUUUUCCACCUGGAGCCCGCUCACGACUUACACCCCAUCCAUCAUCAUGGCCCUCGGAUUCGACCGCACCGCCGCCAACGCCCUCUCCGCCGUCGGCGCCUCGCUCGCGUUGGCCGUCGUCUUCUUCUUCGCCUACGUUAGUGAUAGAACGAACAAACGUGGCUUCUCCGUGGUCGGCGCCCACACCUGCUACCUCAUCGCCCUAGUGGUGGCCCGAAGCGUGCACCCCCAUGUGGGCAAGUGGUCCCGUUGGGGCCUGUGGACCGCUGUGAAUGCUUUUGCUGUCGGGUAUCACCCGGUGCACAACUCAAUGUGGGUCAUGUCCGCCAUCAGCGGAUUGAUGGUUGGUACGCAGUACUUCCGGGGUUCGGACGUUCCAUUUUACCAAACCGGUCUGCGCACGUUGAUCAUCAUGGUGUCCGUGGGCAUGUUCUUUGCGUUACUGCAGAUCGGUAUCUACACAAAUCACAACAAACGAGUGGCAAGCGGGAAAUAUAAAGCCAAGAAUGGCGAGGAGCCAAUGAUAUAUGUGCCGUAA